GUGCUUUGUCCUCUCUCCUCCUCAGCCGCUGUUCAUGGUUGGGGCGAUGGCUAUGGAAGAUUAUCCGAUUGCUUUGGGAUACAUACCUAGAGGUUGAAGACGAAACCUGACAUCACUCUUGGGGGCGUGAUCCAUUUCCCAGCGCAGGGUGGGACACCAUUGCGCAAUCGGCCCUGGAAAAGAUCAAACGGGUUGAAGGAAAAAACAAGAACCCGAGGUGCGUUCAUAGUGGGCUACAUCGGACGGCUAACGUCUGGAGUGGUCGCAAAAGGAAGAAGGAAAGGAUCCCGGGAGACGAUCCUGGUGAAUCAAAAAAGAGAAGGCUUCGGCCAUUACGGGGGUGGAGGUUCUGGCUUCCACCGUCGUCAGCCACAGAUGACAAUUCCUGGGCUGCAAAAUUCCAAAUCCCAGAAGAUGCAACCCGUGCGACGGGCUAUCUAUACUUGCGAUUUACCCUUAGGGGGACAAGUUGAAUCAGGUCCAAUGGCAUUCCUCGCGGAAGUCCUGCAGAAGGCUCAAUUUCGAAAUAAACUGAAGGAAGAGGAUCCCUUUGGGGAAACAAGGAAGUCCAAAGGUGAAGGGUCGGCGAGUGUGCAUCCCCUUCCCAAUCCGGAUUUCUCGAUUAUGGUUCUUGAUUUCGGGGGGGGGGGGGGGGGGGGGGGAACCGUUUGUGCUAUCCAGCCCGGGGAAUAAGAGAUUUGCCCCAAUCCCAACAGAAAAAAUUGGCAGGAGAUUUGCACGGCUCUGUACAACCCCAGUGCCACUGCCCUUUUUAAGUUCCACUCUCCUUCCUAACUCUCUAUCCCAAAGAAACAAAGAGUCAUCUUGGAACGUGUUGGUGACGCUUCGGCUGCAACCCCAGGUCGACAAGCAAGAAAGUGAGAGCUCGAUAGGUAUAGCGGGAAAGCCCCAACUCUUUGCUCCCUCCUACCCCCCUCUGAUGAUGGCUCUGCCGUCGUACUAAUGCCACAGACAACCAUUAUCUCUGCUCCUGCUAAUGAGAAUAUCAGCUCGCAAUGCGAAUUGAUAUGGGCUGUGUCUAAUUCUUUUAUCCCUCUCUCUGUGCAGGAUAACAAGAUGGUCAAAUUGCUGAUGACCAGGUUGUGCAAUUCUCCCUCGAGGAGGUGCAGUCGGUGAAACUCUGAGCAUCCCGUUCUCUGCUGGGACGCCUGUUCACAGAUUCCAUUGUUACACCUGCCGAACUGCGAGAUGCGCUGAUCAUCGCUUGGCAAAUCAAGGGACAACUUCGGGUGUCGGUCACCAAACAUGGCCUCUUUGAAAUCGUGCUGCCAUCCACUGAAGCACGGGUUUGGGUUCUCAAGCAAACCCCGUGGGUGGUUUUGGAUGCCAUUCUCCAUCUUCGAUCUUGGUCGUCAACAAUCACGUUAAGUGCUGUUGAGGACUUGGCCAUUGCCCCAUUUCGAGUGCAGCUCUGGAAUGUUAGGGAGGAUUGCUGCACCAAGCAGUUUGGUCAGAAGAUGGCGCAGGGCACCAUUGGGCAAGUCCUGGAGUCGGGUGUUUUCGCAUCGACUGAUACCAAUGAGCAGUUUGUGAAGGUUCGGGCUCUGAUUGACAUCACUAAGCCCUUACGCAUAUCAUGGCUGCUAGUGAAGAACUUGACACCUUUUGGGUAAACUUGAAAUACGAAUUUUUGCCGACUCUGUGCUUUCACUGUGGUCGAGUGGAGCAUUCCAAGCGUGCCUGUAUGUAUGAUCCCCCAGCUGGGAAAGAGAGGUUUGGCCCUCACAUGUCGACUCGUAAGAUUGGCAGAAGGAUUUAUGAGCAGGAGACGGAGCGAGGGAACUUCAGGAAGCCUCAUACUUCGGUUUGGGUUAACAGAAGUGCCCCGAUGAUCCAGGGCGAUGGUACAUGGAGAAGUCAGGCAAAGCUCAUAAAGGAUGAGCGCGGGACGGGGAGGCGUGAGUACCAAAACCCUAAGAGACAGACUGGUGUUCCCCAGCACAUGCCUCCCGUGGCAGUCGAUGCUCCUGUGGCCGCCGCGCCUCCAGUGUGUGAGAUGACAGCAGCUGUUCCAAUUGCAGACUCUACCGCCAGACCCACAGGCAGGCAGAUUAGCCCCAAUUGGUUCUCGGUUAAGAGCUCCCCUUGCAUUAAAAUUGGCGGGCGAAGGGUGAGGAGUAAGAAAUCUCCUCGGGCGGUGGGGCAGGCUAAACAAGCCUCGCGUCGGUCCUCUGUUGGCCGAGCUGGUCCUGUUCCCCACCAUGAGGAAUCUGUUGCGAAGCCUGCAGUGAUAAUUGAGGAGGCUAGGCGGCGGCGCCUCAUUCUGGAAGAAGAAUCGGAGGAGGAAAGUGUGGAGCAAGGGCCGCGGAAGAACUCUGCUCUCCCCAAUCCUGGCCUGGUUGAAAAUCUGCUGCUGGCAUCAACUGUUGGGGAACAAAAGGGGGUGGAAAAUGCUGGGAAACUGAAAAGGGUGGUCUGCCCAAGCACGACGAUACAGCAGCAGACCGCGAGGAGUGACUUGGGGGUGGGUGGUACGGUUCGCCGUCGGUUGAAGAAGAAAGGCCACAAAGUGGGGCCGCAGACUGUGGAGGAAGGGUUGGGCGUCGUGGGCCCUACCAAUGGUACCGAUGGGCAUGUGGUUGAAUUUUCUGAGCAGGAUGGUUACCAGUCCUCGGGCGAGACCCAGGCCUUUGAGGCUAGCCUGAGUUUAUCAAAGGAGAAAGAUGACUUACGGUCCUCCCUUGCUGGGUGCCUAGUGCAAGAAGGGGAUUCAUGCGGGACUCAUCCUCAGUCUCUGUAGCAGUUGGAUGAAUAUGGCACUAAUUUGAUGGACCCAGUACUGACAAAUCGGAAGCGUGGGUUAGAGGACAUGGAGGGGGUGGUGGGGGACCCUCCAACACCGAAACGACAAUUUGUGGAGUUAGCUGACAAGGUGGAGGAAGCCAGCCUAGAGUGGCCCCAAUCAGCCAGAUGAGACUUCUAGCCUGGAAUGUGAGGGGAAUUGGGCCAUAACUCAUAUUCCAAACAGCUGUCGGUUUAGUUCGGUCUAAUAAGCCGGAUCUCGUAUUCUUUUCGGAGACGCGAUCGAGCCGGAGAGUAGUUAUCCACCGUAUGCGGGGUUUAGGUUUCGAUGUUUCUCGUUGUUUCUUUGUUGAUGCAUCUUCGUGAUAUGUGUGCUACAAUCCACCUUCCCUUCACGAUUAUUGGUGAUUUUAAUUCGACCCUUCACGUGGGGGAAAAAGAUGAUGGUUUAGAAUGGAAUAUAGCUCAAUCGAUGAGUCUUCGUGGGUUUGUGCAGGAUUUGGGGCUCCAUGACCCAGGAUUUCAGGGGGAUCAAUUCAUCUGGACUAAUAAGCGUACGGGCGUGGCCUAUAUUCGAGAUGUCUGGAUAGAGCUCUGUGCUCCCAGGCUUGGAUUGAUCAAUUCCCGGAGACCCUGGUCAAGCAUUUUACUGAUAAGGGUUCAGACCAUCGUGCCCUUCUUCUCUCGGACAAAGCGUAUGUUCGGAACAGCCGGCCCUUUUUCCGAUUUGAUGCCCGUUAGGCGGACAAUCCCGAGGUCAAGGCCAUGGUUCGCUAUGUCUGGGCGGAAGAUAUCCAAGGGACCCCCAUGUUUCGUCUUUGGGAACGCCUCAAGAAACUCCGCCAUUUGCUCUAUGAUUGGAGUAGGGCGGGUACCACUAAUUACCUCCGGAACAUAAAGACGCUCCAGCCUGAGAUUGACGUGUCAAGCUAUUCCUUCCUAUUGACUGGGAUACAAUUAGGACCUUGGAGUCUGAACUUACUCGUCAAUGGGAGGCGGAGGAGAUCUAUUGGCAGCAAAAAUCAAGGGUGCAAUGGUUAAAAAAAGGGGAUAAAAUAGCUCCUAUUUUCAUACGGUUACGCGUGCUCGCCGCAAACGUAAUUUUGUUGCUGGCCUACAGAAUGAUAAUGGGGACUGGGUUACGGAGGAACAUGGGAAGGCGGCUAUUGCUACAGAUUUCUAUAAAGGUCUCUUUACUUCCGAAUCCCAAGUUCAUAAUAUGGUGGAUAGAGUGUCGUCUCUUCCCAUUGAUAGGAAGGUCACUCCAGCAAUGAAUACGAGUUUGACGGAUGUAGUCCUCCCAGAUGAAGUUCGGAGCACUGUUUUUUCCAUGGGUUCGAAGUAGGCUCCGGGGUCGGAUGGGUUCACGGGAAAUUUUUUUACAGCCUUUUGGGAUAUCGUGGGUGACUCUGUGAUUGAGGCGGUUUGCUCCUUCUUCACAACGAGUCGGAUGCUCCGUAGUUUUAACCAUACUUGAUUAACCUUGAUUCCGAAGGUCGACACGGUGGAAUCUAUGCGUCAAUUACGACCCAUUAGCCUUUGCCAGUUUGUUUACAAAAUCAUAUCGAAAAUCAUGGCAGAAAGGCUUGCUCGCUUCCUUCCCCAUAUAAUCUCUGAGGGUCAAAAUGCGUUCAUUAGGGAUCGCCAGAUAGUGGAUAACAUCCUCCUCGGGCAUGAAUUAAUGCAUUAUCUAAAAAUCAAAAAGCAGGGUAAGAAAGGAUACAUGGCUUU